AUGUGUGGUGGACGAAUUUACGCUCUGUACUUCCUCUUACUAUUGAUCAUAUCGAUUCCUGGAUUAUUCCUGAAUAGCUCAUGGAUGAAAUACUUGUACUGGAAUUGUGAUCGAUUCCUGGAUAGCAAAGCACCCAGGACGCUCUCGGGACCACCUUCUGUUAUUCUUUCUCCAUCCAGUGAUCACUGUGGUAACUCCCAAUAUCUUAUCAUAGUUCUUACAAGAAUAACGGAACCAUCAGUGAGGGUGACAUUCCGGAAUACCUACGGACGUCUAGGUAAGAAGUAUCAUUUCACGGUGCUAUUCCCAGUCGGCCUCUCUCAGAAUGAGAAAGUCAACGCGGAUAUUCAGCAAGAAUUUCGAAGCUAUGGCGACAUACUGCAAACGAAUUUCAUCGACAGCUACCGUAAUCUGACGCUAAAGACAUACUCAUAUUCGAAUUACGUACGGCACAAUUGUACAAAUGUGAGAGCAGUACUGAAAGUGGAUGAUGAUCUCGCAUGGAAUGUCGAUCAAAUGUUCAAGUAUCUGUCAGAAAUCGAUACAGUUGGCAACAUACUUUACUGCCGAUCAGUUAAGCAUCCUUUGGUAAAUCGCGAUACACGAGAACGGUGGUACGUGUUGAGGAAGGAGUAUCCGUACAAGUAUUUUCCCGAGUACUGUCUGAGCCCUGUCUACGCGGCUACACCGUCGACAUUAGCGGCGUUGGCUGAAGCCACCAAUACCAUACCACAUCUUUGGCUCGACGAUGUAUGGAGUCUAGGAAUCGUACCCAGAGAGAUACUGGCGAAGUUUCGACCGCUAUCAUUCAACGUCGAACGUGAAAACUUCGAACCGUUCCUCAAUGGAAGUGUCAUAACGCAAUACUUUAAGGCGAAAGAGGAUGGUCUGAUGCUUUUCAACAGUGUGAAUAGACGAUUGCUGUCCUAA